AUGGAUAAAAAUUCCUAUGAGACCUACGAGUAUUUACCAACUGCUGAAAAUGAAACAAACCAAUUUUUUGUGGUACAAGAUGAUGGUUCAUUCUUAAGUGUAAAUAGACAGAUACAGUAUGUGACAGAAGUACAAAAUGUGAAAGAAGUGUUAGAAAGUGUAGAGCCAUGCACUGUAUAUGAUGUUUCUUCCCAGCAAUUCUAUAUAGAUGUUGACAAUACUGCUGAACUUAUUUCUGUAUCUGACGAGUUCGUAUUACCUGUUGGCGAAAAUAAUAUUCUUCCUAACAAUUAUCUUUUGACCCUAACAAGUUCGACAGAACAACAGAUAGAACAGCAAGGGGCAGCUGAUCAACACAAAGAACUAGAAACACAACUUGAAACUGUAGAUGAUGGUCAAUCGCCUAUACAAGUUAAUAGUUGUACAGAGAUAACAUUAAGCGAUGAACAAUACCAUACACUAGAGCAAAAAGGAUGGAUUCUUCUUGAAACCGAUGAAAAAGUGUUUGUGGUUGAUACAUUAGGACUUCAUGACAUAACAUCAAAUUAUAAACUAAUACAAAAAUUAAAAUUAGAAGAUGGAAGUAUAUACGAAAAUAUACAACCGGAAAGUGAAAGUUUAUCAAAUCAAGGGGACAAUAUAGAAUCCAUUAUAGAAGAGGAUAAUAUAAAAUUAAGUAAAGAAAUAAUUCAAGACCAUGAAUUACUUUUAAACAAUAUUGAAAAGGACGAAUCUGCUGUGAUGACAAAUUCAGUUGUUGAACCACAAGAAAUAAUAACAUUACAAAAUGAAGCCGUCUCAUUGAGUUCUUUAAACAAUGAAUUAUCUAAAAGUACAACAGGAAAUACAUUUAAACUUAAAACCGAUAUUGUUUUUGGUGAUAUUCCUGAGAAAAUACUUCUAGGUGAAACUGCAAACGGAAAAAAAUUGUUCGCAAAGAUUAAAAAGCUUAACAAUAACAACGUUAGAAAGGCUAACGAGAUUCCACCUAGAAAUGAUCAAAAACAAGUACAUAGAAAACAAAAUUCUGCAAGCAAUGAUGAAAAUAUUAAACAGGUGGCAUUAGGCGACACCACUCUCAAUGAAAGCCAAUUCGAAUCUCUUAUUCGAUUAGCAAUUCAAAAUAACAGUGAAGUGAAGUGCAGCGCGGAUGAUGUCGCAUCGGCUGACAGCGUUGUAACGCAAUUACUUAAAGUACCUGCUUUCAGACCUUCUGUUCUCAAUCAAAAUUUAGUUAUCACCAAAGAAGUUUCCGUUCAGGACGAUACGGGUACGCUACGCGCCGUUGGCCUACAAAGUCUCGUAACGGGUCGCAUCACGACAUUGGACGAGGAACGUUAUUAUUUUGUUCACUUACCUAGAAUGUUACAGCAACUAAUGAAUAGAUCAGAUAGUGAUUUGACACCAGUUAAAAAAAAGUCUACUCUAUCAGAAAAUAUGAAUAAUGGCGAUGGAAAUGUUUUACACGUGCACGUGACGGAAAUAAAGAGAGCUGACAAUGUUCUAAGGGUCUCCAUCACUUUGAAUAAACGACAGCUUCCGAACGACUCAAACGUAACGGCAGAUUGUAAAAGAAAGCAGUCCAAUAUGGUAUAUUGUUGCAGCGCUUGUGCGGCAGUAUUUCAAACUGAAAAGGAGUUGCAGGAUCACCAAGAGAAGCAGUGCAUGAAUGUGGAUAAAGUUCUAACUAUAGAUAUAGAAAAGAAAGGUUAUACCACGAAAUUAAAAGGCAAAAGGAAAACCUAUUUUUGUAAUCAAUGUCAAUUAAAAUUUACAAAGCUGUUUAACUGUUUAAAACAUUUGAAGACGCAUUUUAAUUGUGUUGAAAGUGCUGACAAUAAUUCUUUGAAAUCAGAAUCUAAAGAAGAUCAAAAAAACGGAAUUUACAAGUGUAAAAUGUGCUCAAGUACUUACUUCCAUUCAUCUACGCUUUCAAAACAUAUUGUCUCAAAACAUAUAAAAGUUAGAUCAAAUUAA